GCGCAGCAAGCGAAAGGCGGGACCCAGAGCCCCGCUGACGUCAUCGGAGGCCAGACGGCUCCGCCCCUCUCAACAUGGCGCUGCACUCAAGGCGGAAGGCUCCAGGAUGCUGGCGCUUCAUCCGGGCACUUCACAAAGGGCCCGAAGCUGCUGCAGUCCCCCAGAAUGACAGCGUAAAGCGAGUCUUUUCGGGCAUUCAGCCGACAGGAAUUCCUCACCUGGGAAAUUACCUGGGUGCUAUUGAAAGCUGGGUGAAGCUACAGGACCAGUAUGAAUCGGUGUUGUACAGCAUCGUCGACCUGCACUCCAUCACCGUCCCCCAGGACCCUGUCGUCCUCCGGCAGAGUGUCCUGGACAUGACCGCAGCCCUUCUUGCCUGUGGCAUCAACCCUGAGAAAAGCAUUCUUUUCCAGCAGUCUCAGGUGUCUGAGCACACGCAAUUAAGUUGGAUCCUAACCUGCAUGGUCAGACUGCCUCGAUUACAACAUUUACACCAGUGGAAGACUAAGAGUGCCAAGCAGCAGCAGGAAGGAACGAUGGGUCUGCUAACCUACCCAGUGCUCCAGGCUGCAGACAUUCUGUCCUACAGGUCCACGCACGUCCCUGUCGGAGAGGACCAAGUCCAGCACAUGGAACUAGUCCAGGACCUCGCACGGGGUUUCAACAAGAAGUAUGGGGAGUUCUUUCCAGUGCCCCAAUCUAUUCUAACCUCCAUGAAGAAAGUGAAAUCUCUUCGUGAUCCUUCGUCUAAAAUGUCCAAAUCCGACCCCGACAAACUGGCCACGGUCAGAAUAACAGACAGCCCGGAGGAGAUAGUGCAGAAGUUCCGCAAGGCGGUGACAGACUUCACAUCAGAAGUCACCUAUGACCCUGUGGGCCGAGCGGGUGUCUCCAACCUGGUGGCCAUCCAUGCGGCGGUGAGCGGGCUCCCGGUGGAGGAGGUGGUCAGCCGGAGCACAGGCCUGGACACGGCCCACUACAAGCUGCAGGUGGCGGAGGCCGUGAUUGAGAAGUUCGCCCCAGUGAAGAGGGAGAUCGAGAAACUGAAAGCAGACCCGGACUAUUUACAGAAGGUUUUAACAGCCGGGGCUGCCAAAGCUAAAGAGUUAGCAUACCCAGUGUGCCAGGAGGUGAAGAAGCGGCUGGGCAUGCGCUAGGACACAGGCAGUCACCCUCCAGACAGAAUUAUGAUGUGGGGAAAUUUAUACAGUUGAUUCUUAGCUUCCUUUGAGGAAUAUUGUUUUGUAGCCUUGAAAUAGAAUAAUGACCCAGUGAAAGAAGGUGUGGAUCUCCCAACUGCUGGCAGCACACGAGGGUGCACAGCGAUCCACGCUGGUGGGACUGGGCGGUGGUGCGGGGUGUGGGUGCCUACACGCCAACUGCUAGCAGGCAUUCGCUUCAUGAAUGUCACCGAUGGUCAUUGAUGGCUCGCAUUCAUCAUCCUAGUUACUCAGGAGGCUGGGAUCUGAGGGGAUCAAAGUGUAAAGCCAGCUUGGGCAGAAAAGUCCCAGAGAGAGUCUUAGUUCUAAUUAACCAGCACAAAGCCAGGCUGGAGGCCUGGCUCAAGUGGUCGAGCACCAGCUGUACACAAGUGAGCUGAGCAGGUUUGACACUUUUGAGUUCAAGCCCCUGUAUGGUGGUGCCUGCCUGUCAUCCCAGCUUCUGGGGAGGAAGAUGGAGGGCGAUGAAGGGGACAAAGGGUGAGGGAGUCAGGCUUAUUCUCGGAAUGCCUGUUGAUUGGGUGCAUGUUCCUCACAGCAGUGGGCUGCUUGGUACAAAGUGUGCCUCCACUCCUGCUCCACGUGUUUGCUGGGAGUGGCCUCUUGGAACCCUGAUGGUUGCAGGAAAUACUUGUGUUCUUUAAUUCAGACGUACAGGCGAGGUUCAUCUUCUGAAAGCACAGAACAAUUUCAACUUCAUAUACUUAUUGUACAGUCCAAGAGCCCCCGAAUGCUGAGUGUAACAAGCACUUUUUUUGUUUGUUUGGUUUUACAGUUAGCUCAACUUCUCUCGAUAACCUCCUGAAAUGUAU